AUGUCCAACUUCACAACCACCACGCCGAAGAUGCCUGCCGAGAAGAUUACCGCCGAUUCACCGAGCAAGUUGCCCGAUAAGAAUAGCUCGGCACCGGUGAUACCAACUACGCCUGCGGCAAGGAUUCAGUCGGAAACCCCCGGCGAGAUGGUUCCUGCCCGACCCAUCGAACAUUCAACUGAGGCAGCCGAGCAACCGACUGCAGCCCCCAAGCCUUCGACAAUGCGGCUCCUUAUCCGCUACGACCCGUGGAUCGUGGAUACGAUCCUGCAGCUCGCUAACCCGGACGUUAGAAGCGGGCACUCGGAUAUUUUUCGAAACCCAAUGCUUCCCUUGGAUGUCACUACCAGGUCGAUCUCGUAUAAGAAGUUCCAGGAUAAAGUUUUCGAGCUGCUUAAGACGGUUCCUGCAGAUCACGACGUGGCGGGCAUAAUCAAGUACGAGAUGAAACUAGGGCAUCUCGUGUGGGUCGGGCGCAUCACCACUCGUAGUCCCUAUGGUCCCGUCUACUUCUACACUUUCCCAGCCAAGUACGCCGCCUUCCGACGCAAGCUCUUGAAUGCUAAAAAGGGAUUUGUUGGCGAUGUUCGAAUCAAAUACAGUGAAGAAUACUAUGAGUCUUACGUGAGGUCACGUCCCCAUCAUACCGACGAUGACUUGACAGAUGAUGAUCAAGCAAUAGCAGAGCGGAUUCAAGCCACCGAUACCGAGACAGAGGGCGAGGCGGAGGUCAAUUUCAUCGACACCACUCACACCGAUAUUUGCGCGACCGAUGAGCAAGCUGUCAAUGAUGAAUCUGCAGCCUCUGAUCACCACCCACCCGCUAAGCGUCAACGUCUCUACUCCGCCAGUGUCGAUAUCAGCAUGUUUGAAUUUUUCUUUAUUUGUCACCUGCGCCCGGAUGACGAACACACUUUGUCGGUCAUGGACGACAACGACUUCUAUCACUGGUCGGCCUUCAAAGGAAUGACUGAAGCCGACCUCGUCAAAGCUGGAUUUCGCCGGGGUGCAGCUCGUUUGAUAGUGGCUGGUGUCGUUGCGACUGUUAGGCAGGUUGAAGAACGAUUUGGACCGGCAGUCUAA